AAGCAUAGGAUAUGGUGUGUACAAUAGGAUGCAGCGAGCAAAGCGGAAAAGAGGUAAGGAGAAGUCGUCCCUGGGCCUGGCAGAUGCCAGUACCCUGAGCUAAGCAGCUGCGGUGAGUCAUGGUAGCAGGAGCAGGCAGGUGCGACGAACGCGUUCCAAAGCAGGGAGGGGAGCGCCUGGUCUUAAGGGUACAGCGAGCGACUCUCGAAUUAGGGCUAGUGGUGAACCAAACUCGAAAAUCCCGGGGCUGCUCUACUCUACGCUGCAAGAGAGGCAGCGCAGGCCUCUGCGUAACGAAGCGCGACGUGCACACGGCUGAAAUGGCGUGUGGAUAUCGUGAGUCGUUACGUGACACCAGGUAUUACCAGUGGCACACGGGAGCGAUGAGCAUCGUGUAAUCAGGAAUAGUCAAGAGUAAUCAGAAUAUCUGGGCAUUAAAUUGAGCGACGCCGUGAUCCGUGAAUUCAGGAAGAGAUGGCCAAGGAGCCGUUUUAGGACGAAUUAGUUGGAUAGGCAGACGACGACAAGCGACCUCACGGUGUGGUCUAGAAAUUACUAGUCUGAGUCGUCCCACUCCAAGUUCAAACCAAUUCUAAACCGUUUAGAGAGCAGGUUUUUCCUAAAAAUCGUGGUUUUCGGCAUCGCUAGAAGCAGUUUCUAGAGUUGGCACUGAAGCAGACGCUGUUGACGUAAGCACUCUCACGCGAGUCGCGACGAGGCGGCGCGCGGCAAAAUUUUAGGCACCUCAAAUAGCGCGCGGCGGCGGGUUUAGCCCUCGAGUUGCCGUUGUCCAUUCGCAUCGCGAUCGCAACAGGCGCAACACGCGUGCAAUUGGCGUUGACGCUCAGUGGACGCAUUGGUGCCUGUUUAGUAGUGUCGACGCCAGUCUUAGACUUCAACGUUCUUAAGAACAGAAGUCCCGGCUUUGUAUAGGCACAGCUUCCAUCACAAGAAUAAGCGCAGUCGAAGCAGUCGCAACAGUCGCAGCCAAAGUCGCAUCCACAGCUGUGCGACGACUCCCUUUCCCGUACGACGUCGCAUCUCGUGUGUGCGAUCUCUGCGAUCUCAACCAACAAAUGGACAGCAGCGGGCGGUAUAAGAAGGGGCAGGGGGGCGGUGGGAAUCGCGGCGGGAACCAGCAAGGGGGUGGCGGUGGGCUGCCGCUUCUGGGACUCGUCGGCGCCGUUGGAUCCGGCAUGGCGGCGCUGUUCCUGCAGCUGAGAGGCGCGGAGCGGAAGAGGGGGCAGGUGGAGGAGACGGUUCUGCUGCUGCAGCAGCAGAUGACUCAGCAGAGACUCUUGCUGGAGCAAGAGCAGCAAGCCAAGAACAGGCUGCUCCAGCAGCAGCAGCAGCUGCAGGAACAGCAGCAGCAGCAGCAGAGAGCACGGCAUCAUCACAGGCACCGGAGGCGGCGGCAUGACGACGACGAGGACACAGAGUCGUCCAACGCGAGCGCGGAUGAUACUGACGAGGACGAGGACGACACGGAGGACGACGAGGACGAUGAGGAGGAUGAGGAUGAGGAUGAGGAGGGGGGAGGGCGCUUGUCCCGAGCGGCGCUGAGUGCCGAGGUGAAGGCGCUCAAGGAGCAGGUGGCUGGGCUGGCUGGGUUGGGUGGGGUGGCUGGAUUCCAGGCGCUGGUGGGGGAGGUGCGGACGUUGCGGGAGAAGGUGGAGGCGGACGGGGAUAGGGCAGUGAAAGCGCAGCAGCUGCUGCAGCGGCAGGAGCAGCAGCGGGCGGAGGGGGAGCAGCUGAGAGAGGAGCAGAGCGUGCAGCUGCAGCAGCAGGGGGAGGAGUUGCGGGUGCUGCGGGAGGCGGUGGGCGAGGUGCAGAGGGACGUGCGCGGGGUGAGGGAGCAGGGCGAGCAGCGCAACUCGUCCCUCAUGCUGCUGCUCGAGGCGGAGGAGAAAUACUCGAAGGCGGCAGCCAAGGCGGCAUCGGCUGCAGCGGCACUGGAGGAGGCUCGCUCGCAGAUUGCAGACCUGGAAGACAACGUGGCGGCACUGCAGCAGCAGCAGCAGCAGGGCCAGCAAUACGUGCAGCAGCAUGAUCAAAUAGGCUUACAGAUGCUCACAGAGUCUGUUAAGGCCCUGCAGGCGCAGGUGGAGAUGCUGGAGGUGGUGCAGGGGGAGGCGGAGCAGCGGCAGCAGCAGCGGAUGCAGCAGGUGCAGGGGGACCAGCAGCAGCGCUGGCAGCAGCAGCUGCAGCAGCAGGGGGAGGUGCUGCGCGCGUUCGUCGAGAGGCGGUGCAACGAGACAGUCGUUGCUGCAGGCGAGACUGUUGAGAGGCACGCCAGCAUGGCGCCCCUGCUGGCAGCGCAGCAGGAGAUGCGGACAGCAGUGGAGUUGCUAACCAGGCGGAUGGAGGGGGUGGAAGAGGGGAGGGCGAGGGAGAAAGAGAGGGAGGGGGAGAGGGAGAAUGAGAGGCAGAAGGAGGAGGAGAGGCACCAGCAGCUGGCAGUGCUGGCCGCAGAUCUCAAGAGUUUGCAAGUGCAAGUGGAUUGUUUGGAGUUGCAGCAUCACGAGCAGCAGCAGCAGCAGCACGUUGACCACUCGCUGCAGCAGCACCUGCAGCACUUGCAGCAGCAGCAGCAGGCGGCGCAGCAGCAGCUGGAGCAGCAGCAGCAGCAGCUGGAGCAGCAGCAGCAGCAGCUGGAGCAGCAGCGGCAGCAGUGGGAGCAGCAGCAGCAGCGGCAGAUGGAAGACGUGAGGGGGUUAUUGGAGUCGAAGCAUGGAGAGGCAAUAGCUGCAGUGGCGGCUGCAGUUGAGCCCCUGGAGGAGCAGCUGAAGAGCUGCCUGGCGUCGCAGCAGCACAUAGCGCUGCUGGCAGCCACGGCUGCAGCGUCCGCAGAGAAGGCAACGGCCGUGGAGCGCGCAGCAGCAACACAGGCGGUGGAUGCUGCUGUGGAAACGGCGCAGCUUGCGCAGGCAGAGGCGGAAGCAGCUGCAGGCGCGGUGGGGGAUCUGAGGGAGAGGAUGAGGGAGGUGGAGCGGUGGAGAGGGGAAGUGGAGGGGUGGAGAGGGGGGAUGGAGGGGUGGAAAGGGGAGGUAGAGGGGUGGAGAGGGGAGGCAGAGGUGAGAAGUGUCAAGGAGGAAAGAGGUGACCGGGAGUGGAAGGAGAUAGUGGAGGGGUGGAAGAGAGAGGUGGGGGAGAGGGUGGAGGAGGUGGAGGGGAAGGUGCUAGGGAUGGAAGGGAAACUGGAGGGGGUUGAAGGGAGGGUGAGGGAGGAAUGUGCUGCAGCAGUGGCAGCUGCGGCAGCUGUGGUGGGAGAGGGGAAGAGAAAUCCAGGAGACGGGGAGGAGGAAGGAGGGGAGAAGGAGAGGGUGUUAGAGCAGAGGGUUAUGGAGCAGGUGGAGGAGAUUCGGAGGGAGGUGGGGGAUCUAGAGGGCAGUCUGGGGAAGGUUCAGAUCAAGCUCGGGCAGGUGGUGGAAAAAGUUCCGGAGAUGGGCAGGCUGGAGGGAACCAUGGGUCAGCUUGAACAAGAAGUAAAGGAAAUCAAAGAGAUGGUACAGAAUUCCGGAAAGGGAAAGGGAGAGGGAGCAGCAGCAGGAGCAGCAGGAGCAGGAGCAGGGGACGUGUUACCACCAGCCGUUGGUGCUUCAGAGGAGAUGCUAAAGAGGCUACGGCAGGUGGAGUUGGACGUGUCUGCUACCAGGGAGACCGCGCAGGAGGUGUCUGUACGCGUUACAGAGCUGGAAGCGAGCUCCAUCACCGAAGAGGCGUCCGCUGCCGUGCAGGGCGCAGCGUUGGCGUCCAUAGAAGAGCAGCUGGCGUCGUUACAGGAACAGGUCCUCUCGAUGCAGGAACAGCUGGGAUCGAUGGGAGGGAUGCAAGAGCAAGUGGGGUUGACGCUGGAACGGUUUGUGGGGGUAGAGGAGCGGGUUGGGGGCUUGGAGGAGCAGGUUCUAGGGGUGGAAGGGAGACUGGUGGUGCUGGAAGCAGAGGAGGAGGAGGGGCGAGAGAAGGGAGAGAGUGGAGAGAGUAUGAUGAUGAUGGUGGUGAAAGAGCAGGUGGCAGCUUUGGAGGGGAAGGUGGCUGCUUUGGUGGAGAGAGGAGGUGAGGAAGGAGAGUGUGGGGCGGAGGGGAGGAGGAGAGGAGGAGGAGAAGGGCUAGAAAUUUUGGAUGAGAGAGUGAGACGGGUGGAGGAGGAGGUGGAGAGGGUCAGAAGCAUGGUGGGGGUGGCCGAAGGGGUGGAGGUGAGAGAGCUUAAGGAGCAGUUACUGGGGGUAAAGGUGGAGAUACAGAAGGAGAUAAAGGAGGAGAUAGCGAGGCUUGAGGCAGGAGUCCAGGGAGUGGAGCAGGCUCUGAAACAGGCCGAGCAGGUUCGGCAGGAGGUAAAUCUGCUUCGGAGCGACAUAGCCUCCGCGCAGGUUCGGGAGGCGCAGGCUCGGGAAGCGCUGGCUGCGGAGCUCCAGGAAGACCUGCAGCUGGCCAGGCAGAAAGGCCUGGAAGAGGCUCGGCAGGUGGCCCGGGAGGAGGUUCGGAAGGAGGGAAUACCCAGCAGAAGCGAAGGACUGACAUGCACAGAGGAAGGUAUUGACGAUGCUGGUGCUGGUGGUGGUGCUUCUGCUUCUGCUGCUGCUGCUGCUUCUUCGUCCGCUUCUACGAGUGGAUUAUGGGAGGUGGUGUCAAGCGUGCAAGUAGAGAUGAGCGAGCUGAGAACACGGGGGUUUGCACUGAGGGACAGUGUGGAGGAGAUCAAGAGAGACAUGCGCAGAGAGGCGAGGACAUUCAAGGACGCUCUAACUCAUAUUGAAACGGACCUCAAGGCGGUUCGGCGGGGUGCGGAAGAGGCUCGGGACGAGGCGGCCCAGCAGGCUCGGGAGAGCACCGAACGGGCUGUGGAGCGGGCUGAAGGCGCGGUGGCGAGUGCAGUGGCGGAGGUGUCUGGUUCGGUGAAGAAAUGGGGGGAGGAGAUUGGGGAGCAGAGGAAGACACUGGAGGAGGUGGAGGGGAAGGUGCAGGGGUUGCUGGACACGUGUGGGAAGGUGGUUGAGCUGGAGAGUGCGGUUGAGAGGAGUUGUGAGGAAGUUGCGGAAUUGAAGGUUGAGAGUGCGAAGCAGGUGGAGAAAGUAGAGAGGCUUGAGAAGAGGGUAGAGGAGGGGUUGGGGAAGCUGGAGGAGGUGGCGACUGGGGCGGCUGCUGCUGCUGCUGAGGCUGGGAAGAAAGCUGCCGAAGGUGAAGCGGCAGCAGCUGCUGCGGUGGAGGCAGUGGGAGCAGACACGGCUGCACGGAUCGAGAUUCUGGAGGCUGAAAUCGGGGCGAAGAUCAACGGUGUAGAGAGGGAGAUGGGCGCUGUUCGCGAGCAGAUGAACGGUGUGGAUCGGAAGGUGGAAGGCAUGGGGGAGGAGAUGGUGCAGCUUCAGUUAAAGGUGGACGGAACAGAGGAGGGAGUGCAGGCUCUGGAGCUCCAGGGGGGUAGUCUAGCUGAGCACAUGAGGGUAAUCGAGGACGAGCUAAGUGCGGAGAAGCGGAGAGGAGAGGAUAAGGCUGCAGAAGAGGCUUUAAGGCGGUGGACGGAUGAGGAAAGCACCAGAGAAGUGGCUGCAGAUGUGGAGAGCAUUAAAGUCCGAGUGGAUGAGAUGGGGCAUGUGCAACAGAGCCUGGUUCUAGCGCACGAGAAGACCGUUCGAGAGAUGGUAUCAGAGCAGGAACGGCUGGUGAAGAAGCAGGAGGAGAUAUCGAAAGAGGUGCAGCGGCAAGAAGAGGAGCGGUUAGCCGCCUCCCAGACCAUGCUAUCUAGGCUACAGGCGGAUGUGAGAGCGCUAGUGGGGAAGCUGGAGGGGGUGGUGCGGGAGGAGCAGAGGAAGGUGAGGGGGGAAGUGGUGGCAGGUGUGGGGAAGGUGGAGGGGGAGAUGAGGAGGGUGGAGGAGAAGGUGCAGGGCGUGCAAGGGCAGCUGGAGUCGGCGCUAGAGCAAUGCCAGCGGCUGCAGGGCACGAGCAGGGACCAUAAGGAGGACAUUGCGCGGAUCGAGGGGGAUCUGCACACGCUCUCUCUUUCGCACUCACAGCUCUUGGCCAAUCUGCAAGCAAAACAGUCCAAACAGGGCCUUGGCUUCAUGAGGUGGCACCAGCCGCGGUCGUCCAAGUCAGAGGAGGACCCGUCCCCCUCGGAGAGCCCCACCAACCCCAUGAUCCGCCGAACCUCCCAGCGCAUGCCCUCCGCCUCCGCCUCCCCUGAGCUCCGAGCGUCCUCCAUCUCCUCGGAUGGGAGCGCCACGCCUGGGGGUAGUGGGACCCUUGGUCUUGGUGUCAAGUCGCCGUCUGGGCCCGAUUAGAUUCUCACGUGGUGUGUGGAGGGUGGGUUCAGCCCGCCGCCACCACCUCCGCCUCCCCUGAGCUCCGUGCAUCCUCUAUCUCGUCGGAUGGGAGCGCCACGCCUGGGGGUUCUGCUGUUCUCGGUGUCAAGUCGCCGUCUGGAUUAGUUUGUUCAUUUCAGUGGCUUGUGGAGGGGUUACCCCUCCGCCACUGCCUCCGCCUCCCUUUCCCCUGAGUUCCGAGCGUCCUUCGUUGCGUCAGAUGGGAGUGCCAUGUUUGCUGGAACCGUUGACCUCUGAGCCAAUUCUCCAAAUGGGCCGGAUCAGAUUGUGUGCCCGCCACUAUGACCACUUUGACAUUUGUGGUGACUGAUCUCGUGCAGAUGUGUCUGAUUAUUUGUAGUUGUUGGAAAUAUCUCAAAGGACUUAAGCGUUUCUGAAGUGUAACACUACACUUGAGGAAGAUCACAACGGGUAUGCGAGUUGUUGGAAAUAUCUCAAGGACUUAAGCGUUUCUGAAGUGUAACACUGUACUCGAGGAAGAUUACAGGGGAGCACGCGA